AUGGCUCCGUGUAAGCCCCACACUCUCGCCUACGGCCUACUCGCCUUGGCCUCGCUCGCCGCAGCGUACCCGGCCUCGGUGGAACGCGCAACACUCCUAGGCAGACAAGAGGACGCCCUCGACGAGUAUGACUACAUCAUUGUCGGUGGUGGCACCGCCGGCCUAACAGUCGGCGACCGCCUCAGCGAGGAUGGAAAAUACAGCGUGCUAGCCAUCGAGUACGGUUACCUAGAGAGAGACGGCUACCGCCCGGGUCGCACCACGUACAACAUCACCUCGCAGCCGAGCCCCGAGCUGAACAACCGCACCUUCAACGUCGGCAUCGGCUGCAUCGUCGGCGGAAGCUCCGCCGUCAACGGCCAAGUCUUCCAGCGAGGCACCGCCGGUGAUUACGACAUCUGGGGGAGCUCGGCGGACCCGACACCACCUGGAGCUGGGAAGAUAUCCGCGGCUACUUCAAAAGGUGAGCCUUGCUCAAUAUGUUUCGUUCGGUCCCCCGGACUUGCCCCCAAUUCUCCCAUCGCACACAAGACCAAAACAAAGACGCUAACCGCGAUGCACGGCGGCGCAGGGCAUCCAUUUCAACCCGCCCCCGAGGACGUGGCAGAAGCCUUCAAUAUCACAUACGACCUCGAGGGCUGGGGCCAGGACCCGGAUACCCGCAUCCACGCGACCUACGCCAGGGGCUUAGCACCCCCGUCAGUAAGUUUUUGGCAGUACUUUGCCCCCUCUCCCGGGGGCCCAUUCCCGCUCUACGACGCCAUGAAGAACUUCCCCGGCGUCGACGUCCCCGUAGACGGCGCCAACGGCCAAAACGGCCUGUACUGGUUCACCACCUCGAUGGACCCCGUCACCUUCAACCGGUCCUACGCCCGGACGGGCCACUGGGACGGGCUGGACCGCGACAACUACGAGCUCCUGCCCGCGACCAAGGUCAACAAGAUCGUCUUCGACGGCGACCGCGCCGCCGGCGUCCAGCUCCACCCCGCGACCAGCGCGACGACGUCCGCGUCGUCAAGGCCCGCAAGGAGCGGCAUCGGGCCGAGGAAGCUGCUCAAGGCUGCCGAUAUCGAGGUCAAGGUCGACCUCCCUGGUGUGGGGUCCAAUUUCCAGGAUCACCACUACAUCCCGGGCGUACGCUUCACGUGGGGCAACGAUCCCGAGGUCCCCGAGCUAGACCUCACCACCAACCUCACCGGCAACGGCAUCGCGCUCGGCGCCUUCCUCGGACUCAAGGCCUUCUCCCCCGACCUCUUCGAAGACAUCGCGUCGCGGUACGAGUCGCAGAACCCCGCCGACUUCCUACCCAAGGGCACCGACUGCACCGUGGUGGCGGGCUUCCUCGAGUGCAUGCUCGGCGGCUCGCCCUCGUGCAGCCCGCAGAACGUGCACCCCGUCAGCCGCGGCACCGUGACCCUCAACGCUACCGACCCCGAGGCCGAGGUCAUCGUCGACUACAGGGCCGCCUCCAACCCCGUGGACAUUGACAUCAUGGUCGAGGCCGUCAAGUUCUUCCGCCGCUUCAUCACCACGGGCGACCUCGCGGUCGUUUACCACCCCGUCGGCACCGCGGCCAAGAUGCCUCGCAAGUGGGGCGGCGUCGUCGAUGAGGAGCUCCUGGUGUAUGGCGUCGAAGGCCUCAGCGUUGUCGAUGCUAGCAUCAUGCCCACGCUCGUCGGAAGCACCACCAGCAUGACGGUCUACGCUAUUGCCGAAAAGGCCGCCGACUUGAUCAAGGCCCGCGCAUAA